UUAAUCACCUGGACAGGUCACCCUCUGUCAUUGGCGAUACCGGAGACGCACGAGAGGUCACGACCAGACAACACUGAAUCCACCUUACGCAUGUCAUCGACGUGCCUGUAACGACCUCACGGGGUCAGCGGAGGGUCGUGAGUCUGAAUAAAGGAACUGCACUCAUUACGUUAAGGUGGAUCUGUAAAUGUGAAUAUUGUCCAAUACGGAGAACAAUCGGCUCACUGAAAUAUUACCGUUACAUGACUAGGUUGAGUGAUGGGGCUGAGGAAGCUGUUCUCCGAGAGUAAACUGUUUGUUCAUUUCCUUGUGUGUUGUUUUGGCAUCGCUUCCUGGGUGGACAUCAACGGGGUGUGGGUGGAGUUGCCGCUCCUGGUGACGUCCCUGCCGGAGGGAUGGACCCUCCCAUCCUACCUCAUCAUCGUCAGUCAGAUUGCCAACAUUGGACCAAUCACAUUUGCUGUUCUUGUUUACUGCUACAAAGAUGCCAAAUUAGAAAACCCGGUAUCGGCGCUCAUUAUUGUCGUAGGAAUGGCCGCCUGUAUGUUGCUGGCGUUCUUCUGGAAGGAGACGACGAUUGUUGCAGGAGAGCCUCACUCCACAGCGCUGCUCGCCCUCAACCUGAUCCUGGCUCUGGUGGACUGCACCUCGUCCCUCGCCUUCCUGGCCUUCAUGGCGAGCCUGAAGCCACACUAUCUACCAACGUUCUUUAUCGGCGAGGGACUCAGUGGGCUGAUUCCAGGACUUACAGCGCUUGGUCAAGGCGCUGGGAGUAUCAGCUGCGUCAACGGAAGUCACACCUCAUCCAACUUCACUAAGGGGACCUGGUACAACGAAACUGUCCCUUCUAUAUUUCCAACGUUUGGAACUCCCCGUUUUUCGGUCCAAGUCUUCUUUCUUAUUUUAUUUGGCCUCAUGAUCGUGUCGCUGAUAUCGUUCAUUCUUCUGAACUACCUUCCUUACUGCAAGAGGGAACGGGUUGCGAACCACCUGCUUGAGACCGACACGGAUAAUGGAAACGGCCGUAAGGGCGCAUACACUGUAUGCAAGCCUAAAUAUGAAUCAACAAACACGACCAACAGCGAGACGUCAAAGGAAACGGUCUUGAUAAAAGACCCAGAACAAGGCAAGAUCUCAACGCCGACCUUCUGGUUCCUUCUGGCUCAGACAAUCGUCAUCAACAUGCUCAUCACAAGCUUCCUGCUGUCCGUGCAGUCUUACACCAGCAUCCCAUAUGGCCUCGACACCUACCAUCUCGUGGCCAUCAUCACCAACAUCGCCAACCCUGUAGCUUGCUUUUUCAGCCUCGUGUUGCCUGUCACAUCUACCAUCCCCAUCUCCGCCCUCAGCAUCAGCGGGACGGGCUUCGGCAUCUAUCUGAUCGUCCUGGCUGCCAUGAGUCCGUAUCCUCCCCUCACCGGCAUCGAGGCAGGGGGAGCCAUUGUGGUGACAUCCUGGGCAUUAGCGUCCUUUUUUCUCACCUAUGCUAAAGUGUCCAUCGCUGGUCGGUUGCGACAGGGCGGUCGCAACCCCAUGAUAUGGUACGGAGUCUUUACGCAGACUGGAGCGUUGAUUGGCGCCAUCACCGCCUUCCUCAUCGUCAACAUCUUCAAAGUACUACAGGACGCUCCUUACUGCUGACCGUAAUAGGCGACUAUGUUUGACGUAAGAGGCGACUAACGGGAUCGGGUGGUCAGGCCCUCUGACUUGGUUGAUGCAUGUCAUCGUAUCCCAAUUGCCCAGAUCGAUGUUUAUGAUGUCAAUCACUUGAUUCAAUCAUUUACUUCAGCCGUCAUAUACAGUAAACUACGGUUAUAACGAACACGCUUAUAACGAACUGACGGAUAUAACGAACUUACUUUGCUGGUCUCGACUAUUUGCUGCAGUUACGCUGUAUAAAUGCUUAUAACGAACUACGGUUAUAACGAACUAAAAUUAGUAGUCCCUUUGAGUUCGUUAUAACCGUACUUUACUGUAGCUGGAAUAAAGCUGAGUGCGGCGUUAAAGAACAAAUCACAAACAAAACUUUAUUGCUGAGAUGGUAUAGAGCCUUUACCCAGAAUGAGGCGUUGGUAGGAGCUCUCAUUGCCUUCCUCAUCGUCAACAUAUUCACAUCACAACACAACGCUUGUGAGGUGUAUGUGUGUGUGCGUGUGUGUGUGUGUGUCUGUCU